UAGAGUUUAGUUUAAAUCGGGACCCGCUGCCGCACGGCAUUAUUCGCUGAACGUUGUGACGGGACAGCCGGCACCCAACUACUGAACGAUCUUGUGUCAUCCUUCGAAUAACAAAUUUAAGAUGUCUAUCUCUGAAUUCAGACGGAAGAAGCUCCUCUACGUUUUCAACGUUUUCUUUGAUGUCAAUCAAAGCGGAACCAUUGAGAGGAAAGAUUUCGAGUUGGCGAUAGAAAAAGUGUGCAGUCUCCGCGGCUGGAAGCCUAGUGAUGCUAAACACUCCGAGACCCAUGAAGUCAUGAUCAAAAUUUGGGACGGUCUCCGAAAACGGGCCGAUUCAAACCGUGAUGGACAAGUCUCCGUAGACGAAUGGGUUUCCAUGUGGAAUGACUACGCCCAGAAUCCUUCUGCUGCUUUGAAGUGGCAGCAGCAAUAUUGCCACUUCAUGUUCCAACUUGAAGAUGCCAGCGCUGAUGGGACCAUCGACUGUGAUGAGUUCACCACUGUCUGCUCAUCAUACGGCAUCAAUCCUCAAGAAUGCAAGGCUGCGUUCGUGAAGAUGUCUAAGGGCAAGGAGAGCGUCUCUUGGGAGGAGUUCCAGGAACUUUGGAAGGAGUACUUUUCCACUGAGGACCCCAACGCCCCAGGGAACUUCAUUUUUGGCAGGACCAGCUUCUAAAGGGACAGAAGCUUAGGCAAUUUGAAUAUUUGACUUGGAAUCUCGGGUGUAGUUUGAACUAGAAUCACCCGUGUAAUCUCAUAUUAAUUUUGCGUGUGUGUUUCAGAAUGUAUUAGUAUUACCUUCGGUGUUAUAAACUGGCCAUAACUUCAAAAAGUUUUGAAGAAAUUCUCAAACUUAUAUCCUUCGACUUUAGAAGAUAACUCAUGAAAUCGCGAGGAUUAUCAUAGUUUUAAACGGUAAAUCUCUGUCUAUUUUUCUCUUAAAUUAUUGUCGACAUUUUCUUACAAUAUACCAAACACACUGACAAAGAGAUCAUUGAAAGGUUGUAUAAACUAGUAUAAUGUUCAAGGCAACCAAUUUUUAAAAGAUUUGAAAUCAGUGUUACCCCAUAACAAAUCAUAACUGUAGGUAAUAACACCGUAAAAAGUCAUCAGCUAUGAUUGAUUAUUACUAAAACAUAAACAAUGUUUAAUAAUUAUUCGUGUUACUUAUCGCCUAAUGACCGGUUACAGUUUUUUUUAAUGAAAGUUGUAAUUUUAAUUGUUUUGUUUAAUGUUUGUAUUAUCUCUUCGUGUAUGUCAGGUUUACAUAUAAGUGCUAGUUACAAUAAAAAUUGUAUAUUGUGGGUUUUUUCCAAUGUAUCUGUCGAGCGUUGGCAAGCUUUUAACAAUAAAAAAAACAUAAGUUAAUGGCCAGUUUUAUCGCACUUGAAUCAAGUCUCUAGGCUCAUUCUUCUUAAAGCUCAAAUUAGUAUUUCCAAUCUUAGAUCUUAACAACGAAUAAUUGUCGUUAAUAAUAUUUCUUUUUAAGUAGAUUUAAAAUGACUGCCAUUGCAUUUACUGUUAUAUGUCCUGAAUGUAUUAUCCAAUUGUUUGUAUUUUAAAGUUUUACCAUUUAGUCCGCUACAUAGAACGAUUUAAUGUUUGUAUAUAAUAUUAUUAAUUAUUGAAAUUAAAAAUUUAAUGUCCUUCAA